CUUUACGCAUUUCUCUCUGUUAUGGUGUAGUUUGUGGCACAAAUACAGUUCAAGACAAUAAGAUGCUUGCAUUAAUAAUAGUAGCAAUUGUGACUUUGACUUUAUACUUAUACGGAACAAGAAACUUCAAGUACUGGGAGCGAAAACGAGUGAAACAUGACAAGCCGGUACCAUUUUUAGGUAACAAUACAAGAAAUUAUUUAAUGCAAAAAAGUAUGUGCGAGAUGGCAGUGGAGAUGUACAGGAGGUAUCCAGAGGAGAAAGUGGUAGGGUUUUAUCGAGCAUCUGGCCCUGAACUUGUAAUUAGAGACCCGGAAAUUUCCAAACGAAUACUCACAACUGAUUUUGAUUACUUUUAUCGCCGUGGAAUGAACAUCAAUAGCCAUGGAACAGAACCUUUGCUUCGUAAUUUAUUCUUCGCAGACGGUGACCUUUGGCGGUUACUUCGUCAACGGAUGACACCUGCUUUUACCAGUGGCAAACUGAAAGCUAUGUUUCCAUUAAUCGUGGAACGAGCUGAACGGCUGCAGUCCAGGGCACGCAACGCCGCUUCCGAAGGACAGGAGAUCGAUGCUCGCGACCUCAUGGCACGAUAUACGACUGAUUUCAUUGGCGCCUGCGGCUUCGGACUUGACUCGGACUCACUCAAAGAGGAAAACUCCGCUUUUCGAAAACUUGGAGCUACUAUAUUUAAAGUGGGAUUGAAAGAAGUCACCGUAGUGAUUUUGAAAGAAUUCUUUCCCAAUAUAUUCAAAAACUUGAAAGUUAUGACUCGAGUGGAAAAAGGAAUAUAUCAACUAGUGAACGAAGUCCUACGUCAAAGAAACUAUGAACCGUCUGGUAGAAAUGACUUCAUAGAUCUUUUGCUUGAAUGUAAGAAAAAAGGAACAAUUGUUUGCGAGUCAAUGGAAAGAAAAAAAUCAGACGGAAAACCAGAAAUUGCAAGUUUAGAAAUGAAUAACGAUCUGAUAGUGGCUCAAGUAUUUAUAUUUUUUGCUGCUGGUUUCGAAACGUCCUCUUCGGCGACCAGCUUUACCCUACACGAGCUAGCUCAUCAUCCUGACAUACAAAAUAAGGUACAAGAAGAAAUCGAUAGAGUCUUGGAAAAGUAUGACAACAGAUUAAGUUAUGACGCUAUCAAGGAAAUGCAUUAUCUAGAGUGGACAUUUAAAGAAGCGAUGAGAAUAUUUCCAUCACUAGGUUUCUUGAUGAGAAAGUGUGCACAGAAGUAUACUUUCGAAGAUUUAGAUCUUACCAUUGAUGAAGGAGUAAGAGUGAUAAUACCUAUUCAAGCAAUGCAAAAUGAUUCUAAGUAUUUUGAUAAUCCGAAUGAAUUCCGCCCUGAAAGAUUUGAUCCGAAGAAUUAUAAUGGUGAAAACAAAUAUGUAUAUUUACCAUUUGGUGUCGGACCUCGUGCUUGCAUUGGUGAGCGACUCGGCCUGAUGCAGUCGCUGGCGGGGCUGGCCGCAGUGCUGUCGCGUUUCACCGUGCGACCCGCACCCUCAACGCUACGACACCCAAUAAUCAACCCUACCUCGGGCAUCGUACAAAUCGUAAAAGGUGGCUUGCCACUGUUGUUCCUAGAAAGGAAGCCUGAAGGAUUUUGACUUGACCGGUUCGGA